GAUUAAUAUUACAGGCGCUCUGUUUGUGUUUUCAAGGUCGCCCUACGGUCAAGGCAAACAUAAAGGAAUGGAUGAAACCUUGACGGAAAACUUUUCUAGUGCUGACUUUGAUGCUAAGCUGUUUGUUUCGUAUGUCAUUGGAGCCAACAAAGUUGCAGAUGUUUUAUGUAAAACAAAUAAUCGAAUACAAGAAUUGGGCAAUCUUAUUCACCAACAUGUGGCUGACAAUCAUGUCGAUUUAUUCAAGAGAGCUUCGGAUAUUGAUAAGUUGCAAAAUGUACUACAGACAGUUGAAGACAAAAUUCAAAACUUAUCUGUGUCAGUAGCGAAAGUGAAAAAAAGAAUAGAUUAUCCACAUGACACAUUUUCCUCUGGUGUAACACAUUUCAGAAAUCUUCACACCACUUGUACCAUACUUCGCAAUAUUUCUCGAAUUGCAGCAUUAAUGAAGCGAAUUCAAAGUAGAUCUAAGGAUUUAUGUCAGUCUUCGAUGUAUGUGAAUGAGGUGGAGUUUUUGUUUAAUAAUAUGAAAUGGGAGGGGAUUCAUGUUUUGGAAGCCUACAGCCGUACUCUAGUACAAGUUCGUGAGGAUAUGAUAUCACAGGCAUGGAAUCUUGUGGAUUCGUCAUAUGAGUCAUCCGACCAAACCCAAUUAGCUACUGGACUGCAGGUUUUCCACAAUUUAAAUAUGUUAAUGGAUGUGGUUCAUGAAUUGGCAAGUCGAUGGAAAUCUGAAUUUGAUUCAGUUCUAUCAACCUCCGUUGAUAUUGACUCAUUAACCCAACGCAUGCGAACACGCCAGCAAAUUCAACAAGGAACUACCGGUCCAGGUAGAGCUUCAUUGUCUGCAGUUGGUGGUCAAGCCGCUGCUUUUCAUGUAGCCGUAUGGACAAGUUUAGACGGUACUAUUGAUAAAAUGGAACAACUUAUUUCACGUAGUCGUUUACUCGGCAUGGCUUUAAUGAAACAACGUGAAACAUAUGGAGAUGUGUGUAUGACAAAUAUACAACGUUUAGAUCAAAAUAUUUCUGAAUUAUUUCCUAGUUUAGCUGAAUUACUUAUCCAUGAAAUGCUCACGGAUUGGCAAAAUUCUAAAAAAUCUGAAAAAUAUUCCUCUGUUCUGCUUAUUUUUGCAUCUGUAAAUUUUAAAGAAACCCUAAAUAAUCAAGAAAAUGAUACGGAUCUUUCUUCUGCGAAUGAUUUCUUAUCUCAUAAGCUGAUAGACGGUAAUCGUACAGCAGUUCGUAAUGCUUUACUUAAAAAUGAAGGAUUUCUUGGCUGGGCAGCAGAUCGAUUUGCUGUUAAACUUUCUAGCAUUUCAAAUCAAUCACCAGUAAUCAAGGAAGUACUUGAAGGAGAGUAUCCCAAACUGUUGAAAUUAAUAUUAGAUUUGGAACGUCGUGUGUCUAAUACACUGUCGAGUGAAUUUAAUGGGAAUUAUGAAUUCGAUCGACAUACCACAUCUGUUCGAAAUAUCUCUGAACUUCCUAAAUGUUUAGUUCGUGCUUUACAACCAUUUGAAACAGCUUAUUUAUCUCGAAGUGUAUCUCGACUAUUCGAUCGGGUAACUUUAUCCUUCUCCACGUCAACGACAGCUGGACCAGAUAAUAAUGAAUUAAAUGAUAUUAUACAGACUGCUGUAAAUGAAUUAGCCUAUGCUACUGUUCAUCAUGAUCUCUUGUUCAAGGUUUCUCGUAACUUAGAUAAACUGAUUGCUUUGUUUGCAACAAAAACUGAAGCUCUAGUUACAACUGGUGUCAGUGCAACUCAACUAGUUGAUUGUCAAACACCUGGACAACAGAAUAAUAUUCAUUUAAUUAAUUUAUUAUGCCAAUUUGGAGCACAGUUACAAUUGACUGUGAGUAAACGAUUAAACAAUCUAAAUGUUUUGUCAGUACCAAAUAAUCAAACUAAUCAAAAGUUAUCCAAUUGGAAUGGUGCGUCUAGCCAGACUACUACUCCUGUAGUCAAGAAUCCAGUACAAUUAAUUUCUGAAUCCACUGCUAAUCAUUUAAAUAGUUUAUGCUCAUCAAUAUUAGAUCCAUUACUCCAGGCUGUAUGCAAAACAAUCGAUGAUAUUCUAAGUACUAUGCAUAAUGAAUAUGAUUCUUAUCAGAAUAUAUCAUUGAAUGAAAGCUGGAAACCAAAAUAUCUACAAAAUUUGCAGGAUUUCACUGCUCGAGUUCGCCAGCAAUAUUUAUCUGAUCUUUCACAACCACCGAAAUUUGUUAAUAUGAUGCCUAAUAUAUUUGCACAAUCAGAAUGCUAUAUAUGUGGUGAAUUUGCUCUACAAAAUUCAUUGAAAUCAAUUCUUGAUAUGUGUAUAAAUAAUUUCCUGUGGCGAUCAACAUUAAUUCGUUCGUCUAAAGAGUCAAUACGUCUUCGUCUGGCUGCUGAUUGUAAAGAAUUUGAAUUGGCUUUAAUACCAUUAUGUUCGCCUAAUUAUGGUUAUACACUGCAAAAGUUAGUCCCAGAAUCUUAUGGAUAUUUAAGAGAAUUCCCGACUAUUUUAUCUUGUGAAGAUGAAAAAUUAGUUCAGAUAUACACUAGUGAUGAUGCAGCUAACUCUUCUUCAACUCAACUACCAGCAAGUCUUGUUUGCCAACAUAUGUUUAGUCGAGCACCUGAAGAAAUUCGUUUUCCUCAUGUUACUGCUGGUUGGUCUGUAAAUUACUAUAUAUCUUGGCUAUUGAAGAGAAAAACUGAUAUGGAACGUUUAGCUCUACUGCAUAACAAUCUAUCAGCCUAUGUACAUGAGGUUCAACUGAGACAGCAACGAGAAUACCCACCGAUUUAUUUGCUACUGAAGAAAUUUUUAGACUUUUAUAUUGAAAAAGAACAAAAGUAAAGCACGUAAUAAUUAAUCAGGCCUGUGUAUUUUCGGAAAAAAAAUCAACUUGUUUUUUCUCUGUCCUCACCUUAUUAUUAUGGCUGUGAUAUUCUGUUUACGUUUAAUAAAUAUUUUGACUUCUUUAA